AUGAGCAAUUUAUUGGCUGUAGAAGCUAAAUUGGAAGCAGAGUCAAAGGCAUUCCAAGCUAUUCAAAAAGAACUUUCAAAGGUCAUAGAAACAAGACAACGUUUAGAAUCACAACAGCAAGAAAAUGAAUUAGUGAACAAAGAAUUCGAACAUCUGGACAAUGAGAGCAACAUUUAUAAACUUAUUGGUCCUGUUCUUGUGAAGCAAGAAAGAGCUGAAGCAGUAACAAAUGUCAAAAAUAGAUUAAAUUUGAUUUCUAGCGAAAUUAAACGCGUAGAAGCUCAAUUAGCUGAUUUAACUAAGAAGUCAGAAGCAAAGAAGCAAGAGAUUGCAAAAUUACAAAUGGAAUACCAACAAUUAGCUGCAGCAGCAAAGAAAUAAUAAAAAAAAUGGUUAUAGGGUUAGACAGUUUUUUUUUAUUUACAAUUAAAGCCUCAAGUGGGCGCACGAUAAUAAUAUAUCUUCUUCGCCCGAGGCAGAUCAAAAAAGAAUGAAGAAUUAGUAUCUAAAAAACCCUUAUGAGAUCAAGGGUAAAAAAAUUAUUGAAGAAAUGAUGUUGAGGCAAGUGUAAGAUACACUAAAAUACCUUUU